GUCAUGUUCAAGUAUGGCUGCCAAAAGUAACGACUUGGAAUGAAGAGCCUGAUAUUUACCAAAUAACUAGCUUGUAAGGAAUAUCUAGAUGUCUAGACAUAAGAUUUUAUAGAAAAAAUGGUGUCUGCUAUCAUAUCACGCGUAGUUAUUCUGGUGUUUGGCACACUAUACCCAGCCUACGCCUCCUACAAGGCAGUCAAGACAAAGAAUGUCAAAGAAUAUGUAAAAUGGAUGAUGUACUGGAUCGUAUUUGCCUUAUUCACAUGUGCAGAAACCUUCACUGAUAUUUUUGUUUCAUGGGUGCCAUUCUACUAUGAGGUCAAAGUAAUUUUUGUAAUAUGGCUCUUGUCUCCCGCAACUAAAGGCUCAAGUAUUCUCUACAGAAAAUUUGUUCACCCUCAGCUUAUGAAAAGAGAAAAAGAGAUAGAUGCCUACAUAGCUAAAGCCAGCGACAAGGGAUAUACUGCUAUAUUAAAGAUGGGGUCUUCAGGGUUCAACUAUGCAACUAAUAUAGUCCUUCAGACAGCUAUGAAAGGGCAAACUAAACUAGUGGAUCAACUUCGUAAAAGUUACAGUAUGAAUGACAUUGCAGUAGAGCAAGCUCAAAAUAGAAACAACAGCAAUCAAAAUCCUGAUGAGGAUGAGAUGGAUGGAGAUGCCGAGCGUGCACGUCUUUUAGAGGACAACAGAAUCAUUGAGGAGCGAUUUCAACGAAGACAAUUGUUGCAACAUAAACGAUUGUCACAACAAAAAUUCGAAGAUGACCUCAUUCCAGAGGAGGAGGAAGAAUAUUAUAACAAUGAUGAGAAUGAGUCUCGUCUGCAGCGAACAUCAUCGCUCAAAGAAACAGGGACUCAAGAGGAGCCAGAUGGUUAUGUCAGUAGAGUAGAAACCCGUCAAUCCAAGCGUACAACAUACAGUCACAAAGAGUUGAGGAGAGAUUACCCUUAGGCAUACCACUACGGCACACUCCCUCGCACCCGGGGCAAGAAAUCCACUCGGACAUCAGUCAAAACAGUCAACUUUGAUGAAGAUGAAGCAAUGCAACAAUAGUAUCUCCUCUAUUCUCAUCACUCGAUGGAAAUUUCCAUCCUUCAUGGAAUUUUCCAUCCUUUUCAAUGGAAUUUUCCAUAAACAAACAAGAGCAGCAUUGAAAACUUUCGGGCAUCUAUGUACAUGAAAUGGUGAAAAUUGUCUUCCAAGUGUAUGGAAGUUUUCAGUACAUGUUGAAACAAAGGAAAUUCCUAUUCGUGUUUCAAGUUGAUGGAUAUUUACAUCAUUGUCUUGAUGGAUAAAUAUACAACAAAAUGUACACUAGUGUUUUGAGAGAAUUUGGCACAAUUAAGAUCUGAAAUAUACUCAAUGAUCACUUCACCUCAUUGACUCAUCAUUCGGGAUGGAUAUGAACUGACAUUGUGA